GUGGCGCGUGAACAGACAAUAAGAUAAAAUGAAAAUCCAGAGCAGAGUUCCACCCUUCACCCACUAUAUCCCUAACCCUUUGCCUUUUUCGCAAUCGCACCCUAUACACCGCAGUUUUUCUUGCCCUUGGCCUCUCUCCUCUCUUUGAACGCUAGGGAUUUGUGUAAAUGAGAGGCAGAAGUUAUACUCCAUCUCCUCCAAGGGGCUACGGUCGGAGAGGACGGAGCCCUAGCGCUAGAGGCCGUUACGGUGGUCGUGCUGGCGAUCUGCCUACAAGCCUUUUGGUUCGCAAUCUCCGCCAUGACUGCAGGCCCGAAGACCUUCGCAGGCCCUUCGAAAGAUUUGGCCCUCUUAAAGAUAUAUAUCUUCCGAAGGAUUAUUAUACUGGGGAACCUCGUGGGUUUGGUUUUGUCCAAUAUGUUGAUCCUGCUGAUGCAGCAGAAGCAAAAUACCAGAUGGAUGGCCAGGUUCUUCUUGGUCGAGAGUUGACUGUUGUCUUUGCUGAAGAAAACAGGAAGAAACCAGCGGAUAUGAGACACAGAGAGCGAGUGAGAGGAAGUCGAUAUCGUGAUAGGAGAAGGUCUCCCCCUCGUUACUCUCGUUCACCACGAUAUUCUCGGUCUCCACUUCGCCAUGGGAGAUCUAGGUCACGAAGUCGUGAUUAUUCCCCUCCUAAGGAGAGGCAUUACUCAAGAUCUGUUUCACCCCAAGAUGGACAGAACAGUCGAGAUAGGUAUUCACGUUCUCCACAAUACAAUGGCUCAAGGAGCCGGAGUCGGAGUCGGAGUCGGAGUCUAGAUAGGGAGCAAGGCCAGAGCCAGAGUAGAAGCCGGAGCCCAAGAUGAAGCAGAAUUCAAAGUCUGAGCCAAAGCGGGAGCCACAGCCCAAGACAAAUUGGAAGUCCAACCCAAAGGAGUACAAGAGGAAACUAAGUGGAGAAGGUCUCGCAAUAAGUGAUAUUAUGCUGCCAUCUAUUUAGUUUUGUUUCUAUGUGCUGUAUUGUUGCAUGUAUUUUGAUUCUGGAGGCUGGUGUUUGAACUGAACUUUGUUAGGAUACUUUCUUGGUGUUGUAGUCCAACUGGAUAUGUGAAAAAUUCAGUUAUUGUUUCUGAGAUGUUCUUUCGUAAGACAUGGCUGUGGUAACUACUAUAGUAGUUAUAUUUAGGAACUGUUUUGUCCACAAUCAUUUGAUGAACUUUUUUUUGGCAUAACUUGUUAAAUAUUUUUUUUGUUGUUCUUGUUAGAUAAAGAAACCAACUUGGCAAAUGAUUAGAUGGCAGGGGACUUUAUGACAUGGAUGCAUGGUGCUCUGUUCAAAUUCUUACUUUCAUCGGGUACUGGACAUGAGUGGUAUUGUUUGAUGGGUAUUUGAGCAAUCUGUGACUUUUGGGGCGAGGAUUUAGCUACAAGGUAAAGAUAUUGUCAUCACAGGACUUAUAGCUAGAUAUGUGUAGGAGAAGUCGGAUUUAUAGCUAGAUAUGUGUAGGAGAAGUCGGACUUAUAGCUAGAUAGGUGUAAGAGAAGUUGUCAUUAAUCGUUUCUGUUUAGGUGUAAUUGAUCACUUAGAACAUAUUUUGAUAUGUGAAAACAAAUGUUAGGUUUGAAAGUCGGUUAUGUAUGGAGAAAGUUGUAGCAUUUUUAUAGUGUUUAUCCAAAUGAUGGUAUUA